CUGAAGCUGCAGCAAGCGAGCGGUACGCGUUAACGGAUUAAACAGUGAUCAAGAUAAAUUAGACCCUUGUAUUCAGACCAACCAUAUCGUGUGUAAUACAAACGUAUAUAAAACGAAAAGGAACAAACAUUAAGAUAAACACGAAGACAAACGACAAGUGUUAAUAACAAAAAAUGAAUGUUGAAGAGUUUCGCAAAUACGGCAAGGAAGUGAUCGAUUAUAUAUGCCAAUAUGGCACCAACAUCGAAGAGCGUGAUGUGGCGCCCACCUUGGAUCCAGGUUACCUGAAGAAACUACUGCCAGCGGACGCUCCGCAGUCGCCGGAGUCGUUCAAGGACGUGCUCGAGGACUUCGAGCAGAAGAUCAUGCCGGGCGUGGUGCACUGGAACCAUCCCAAAUUCUUCGCCUACUUCCCGUCGGGCAACUCCUUUCCUUCCGUGCUGGGCGAUAUGCUAAGCAGCGCCAUUGGCUCCAUAGGCUUCAGCUGGGCCAGUUGUCCGGCGGCCGCGGAGUUGGAAACGAUCGUGAUGAAUUGGUAUGCCAAAGCCCUUGGGCUGCCUAAGGCAUUCGUUUCUGAUGCGCCUGGCAGCACUGGCGGCGGCGCCCUUCAAGGAUCUGCCUCCGAAUGCGUUCUAGUCUCCCUGAUUACUGCACGUGCCCGCGCCAUCAGCGAGCUGAAGGGCCAGACCAGUGUCCACGACAGCGUUUUUCUGCCUAGUCUAAUUGCCUACGCCAGUCGCGAGGCACACUCCUCCGUGGAGAAGGCCACCAAGAUGGCGCUGGUUAAACUGCGCAUUAUAGACGCUGAUGAACACGGGCGCAUGCGCGUGGACCUGUUGCGUCAGGCCAUUCAGAACGAUGUGAAUGCCGGUCUAACGCCCUUCUUCGUGGUGGCCACAGUGGGCACCACCGGCGGCUGUGCCUUCGACGACAUCACAGAAAUCGGCAAAGUGUGUCGCCAGGUGUCCAGCAUAUGGCUGCAUGUAGAUGGUGCCUACGCGGGCAACUCGUUCAUCCUUCCCGAGAUGAGGGUCUUCUCAGCUGGCCUGGAAUACGCCGACUCAUUCAACACAAACCCCAACAAGCUGCUGCUGACAAACUUUGAUGCCUCCGCAUUGUGGGUGCGGGAUGUGAUGACCCUUAAGAGCGCGCUCAACGUCAAUCCACUGUACCUUAGACACGAGCACUUGAACGGCGUGGAUUACCGCCACUACGGCAUUCCGCUGAGCCGCCGCUUCCGGGCCCUGAAGCUGUGGUUUGUGUUCCGAACCUACGGCAUCAAAGGCCUGCAGGAAUAUAUCCGCAACCACAUGGCCUUAGCCAAGAAAUUCGAGAUGCUGGUACGCAAGGAUGAGCGUUUCGAGGUUCGCAAUGAUGUCCACCUGGGCUUGGUCUGCUUCAGAAUGCGAACUGGCGACGAACCCAACCACAUGCUACUGGCCCAGAUCAACCACUCUGGCAAGAUGCACAUGACCCCGGCCAAGUUUAACGGCCGUUACGUUAUCCGCUUCUGCGUCACUUACGAGCACGCCACGGAGAAGGACAUUCUUGAUGCCUGGACCCAGAUAAAAUGCUUGGCGGAGGAGAUACUGCGGGACCACCAGCUGGAGUCAAGUUCCGUUCCCACAACGCCCGAGGGCUCGGAGCGGACAAGCUCGGAGCCAAUGGCUCCUGUAUCUGGCAAGCCACCCAUUAAGAAGAAGCUGACCAGGACCAAAUCCCUGCGAUUCUCCUUUACGCGCAGCAUCUCGCGGGAGCAAUACCAGAGCCAAAGCGAGCACCUAAUGGACGGAUGUACACCAAUUUUGGUGGUGGAUCCCAAGACACUUCAGGAGAACUUUCAGAAGGCUGCGGAUGACAACGAUCGGAACACCAACAACGGAAGCAACGGAGCCAUCAAUAGUACCAACAAAAACGGAAGCACGAAAUUAAAAAAUAUCUCCGACGUAGACACGGACGAGGGGAGUAACUGAACGCCAAGUCGGAAGGAACGGAUGUCGCGGAUUUACCUCUAGCUAGUAUUAAUUUGGAGCUGAAAUGAGGCCUUUACCUUAUGUCUACCGACUAACAAACAUUGCUCAAGUUGAAUUUAAGUACAUCUAUUAUGAAUUUAGGGUCUAAGUUUUGCUGAACUUCAUCUAAUUUAAUUAAAAGCUCAUUCAUUGCGAAUACUUUGUAGGUAGAAUAGGUCUACUAUCAUGAACAAAAGCACUUAUUUAUAAACAUUUUUUGACAUUUGU